AUGCGAAGAGAGAUUAUUACUGAAGAUGGUGUGCUCACACAUAUGAUUGAUAUAAUAUCAUGCGACAAAUGCCACAAAAAAUACAAAGACCAUGAAUUGAUCGAACAAAUCAAAUGUGUUGUGCAAAGUUUCAGUAACGGAAAAUCCAAAACUGCUGGCAAUUUACUAGACACACUUUACAACAACAGUUCAAAUGACAGAAGCACUUAUCUUUUUCUUAUUGUACUAGCGUUGUUCUGUUCAUAUGGUUAUCACCAAGAAGUACGAAAUGUAGUGAAUAAAUUGAGCAAACAAAGUGCAGAAAUGUUGGCAAAAUCCCUUUCAGAAAAACUAUUAAAUAGCCUUCCGGAAAAUAUUCGAAAGGAUAUGAUCUCUAUAUGCCGUUUAUUAAGCAACAUUAUUUUUGAUAAACGGUGUCCGUUUGAAUAUGUGAACUAUUUCCUGCAUUUUUUCGGCCACGAAACAGGAUUUCAAGAAUUGCAGGAACUGUCAACAGUAAUUUCGGAAGGCAAUUAUCACAAUGAAUGUUGUUCUCAAUUAUGUGUGAAAUGGUAUGACGCUUUUUUCGAGCAAGAAGAAGAAAGCGAAUCUAAAGUAGAGGGGAUUUUCUUCAUCUUAGAAUCCAUUAAACCUGAAUCCGUUGUCUUUGUUUAUGACAAACUAAAAAUGCCUGCGAAUGCAUCCUGUACAAUAGAUGAGAAAGACAUUGAUUUAAAGCUAAAAGAAAAGGUGAAAUAUGUCAUAAAUCGCUCAAUAAAGAAAUGUAAAAGGGAUUUAGAGGCAAUUAUUGAACUGUCGCUGGUUUUCUUCAGGGAAAGGUUUGCCGAAAAAUCAGAAUUCUGCGAAAUGUUUGAAAAUGCAAUUAUCGAAAGAUUUGGGUAUGUUCAUUUGUAUGUGCCGCAGGAUAUUUCCAGAAACUUUGAAUCUCUCAUUGAAAAAACUAAUUGUUUUUCAACGUUUAAGCAACAAGAUGCACUUUUAAACAUGGUCAUUGACUCUGACAAUAAACUCAUUUUCAAUUUGUUCAUAGAAUUAUUUCGAUGUGAACGCAUUCGUGAAUGCUACUCCAAACUGAAUUUGAGUAAAUAUAAAGAUUGGCUAGAACGCUAUCCAAAACAGGGACAACCUGAUUUGGCACAUAUUCUUCAACGUUUCAUUGACAUAACAGAACUUACACAUUAUAUCGAAAGAAAUGAUGUUGAAUCGUUAGUUGUGGAUAUAAGUAUGGAGGAUCUUCAAAGACUGCCUCUGGAAGUCAUUUUCCAAAAUCUGCAAACAGUUUGGCACUUUUGUGAGGGAAAUGGUGAAGUUUCAAACCUUUUGAUAAGAAGUAUUGAAAAGAAUAUCAAUCGUAUUGAUGUCAGUUCCUUUGAACUAUUGGCGAAGAUGAUCGGUACAGAAAGGAAGCUCAUUGCAGAUUACAGGAUUGCUGCUGAUAUAAUUUGCGCCAUGAUGAAACACUUUCUGGUAAAACAAUCUGACCAAACUGAUGAGGACUACUUCAUUGCCUUGGAAAAACAAGUUGAAUUUCUAAAAGCCAUUAAAGGUGUAACGGGUAAAUAUCAACAUCACGUGAAAGAUGAUACAACAUAUAAGGAGUCAAUGGCCUGCAUAACAGGACAUGUUAAAAAACUGUUUGAGUUAAAAGUUAAUAAGAUAUUGCUAAAGCAUUUUAAGCAAAGUGAAAAUUCUAUUAAAUUACUGCAGUUAAAUGGGAACUGUGAACAUGCCAUUAAACAUCAAAUUAACUCUGCAAUGAAAAUUUUCGAUAAUGCAAUAAAAGAAAUGAGCAGUCUCAGCGACGUCGUUGAUGUAUUAUUGGAACGAAAAAUGCUAAUAUUACAAACAACUCGACUGAAGGAAAAAUCUGACGACAUAUUGAGAAGAAUAUCGCAAGGGGAGUUGACCUCUGAUGAAUGUAACGAGGACGAAAUUGCUGUAAUGCUUGGUUGCAAUAAGAAUACACUCGGUCUAUGUAAGGAGAUCGAUGAAUGUAUCAAAUCAGAAACGUUUUGGAACCUUGGCAAACAUAUUAUCGAUGAAUUUUUUGCAGCUCUUGAAAUAGACGAAAACGGACAAACUCUAAAAGUUGAGAUGCUUUUACAGUUUUUAAAAGAAGAAGGAAUGCAAAUAUUUCAGUCCGGAUGGCUUAGACUUGAUGAUGAAGAUACUGAUCUGAGGAUCUGGGAAGUAAAUUUGAUGUUUAAAGGGUCAAAAGAAAUACGUUUGUAUGAACAAGGCUUGAACAUGAUAUAA